AUGUCGCAGGUGAAGGAGGAGAUCCUUGUGGAGGGGCCCUCAUGCCGAGUAACCGGGAGUGCGGAGCUGCUGCUCUCCGCGCCCGUGCGCUUCCAGGGCAGCGCUGUCUUCGCAGGGCAGCUGAGCGUGAGGGCCGUCGACGCUAUGAGCGGCCCCUGCGUCGCCGUCCAGGGCAACUUCACCUUGCAGCACGAGGCACGCCUCAGCCUGGCGGGCUGCAAGAAUCAGAAUCAUAAAGGCCGAGGAGGUUGUCUCCGUGUGGAAAGCACCGCCGAACUUCUUGGUGGCCAGUUGCUCCUGCAUGGUUGCGAAGUGGCGCGUGAUGGUGAGGGAGGUGCCAUUUGGGUGGGGGAAAUGGUGAUCUCCGGUGGCAACCUGAACAUCACGCGGUCUGAAGCUCGAAAGGAUGGAGGUGCCAUCUGGGCGGGGGAAAUGGUGAUCUCCGGUGGCAACCUAAGCAUCGAGGACUCUAAGACUUCCCGAGGGAAUGGAGGUGCCAUCUGGGUGGUGUACAUGGUGAUCUCCGGUGGCAACCUGACCAUCCAGGACUCUGUGGCUGUCAAAGAGGAUGGAGGUGCGAUCUUUGCUGUGGAUCUCGUCAUGGUCUCCGGUGGGAUCCUGACAAUCAAGGGCUCUUCGGCUUGUGGGAGUGGAGGCGCCAUCCAUGCUGCGAAGGUGAACGUAUCCGGUGGAGCCGUGGCCAUCACCGAGUCUCGUCCAAAAUGUGGAGGCCAGGCGGCUUCUGCUGGCGCUGGAGGCUGCGUCUACGCGGAGCGCUUCGCGCAGUCCGGGGGCACUGUUCGCCUCCAGGGCUGCGAAGCGAGCAGAGGAGGUGGCAUCUUCUCGAAGAACGUCACGAUUGGGGAGAUCGCCACGCUGAGCAUCAGCGACUCCAAGGCAGAACGAGGAGGAGGCAUCUUCACUUCUUGGAUCACCAACAAGGCCGUGCAGCUGCACGUGUCCAGAUGCUCGGCUGAGAUUUACGGCGGCUGCUUCUACCUGGCCGGAGAGGCGGAGUUUGCUGCUCCGCUCUUCGUGCGGGAUUGUGAGGCCGAUGGUACGGGUGGCGCCAUUUACGCCCAAAUAGAGCUCGUGGCACCGCAGAUUCGCUGCAGCCGCUGCAAAGCGCCGACUUCAGGCUGCCUAGAGCUCGCUUAUGGCCAUGCGAGGCUUGGCAACGUGGCAAUUGGCACCGGCUCGAGACUUCCCUCAGCCUCUUCUGUUGUGGGUGCCCGGGCCAAUGCGAGCGUCACAGUUGGCGGAGUUGACUGCCGCGACGCACCCGGCUGCACGCUGUCUGCCGAGCAUCUGAAUCUCACGCGGCUCCUGUGUCAGCAAGGGGAGAGCCGCCAACCGCUGGCAGAGGGCACGGGCCAGGAGUGCAAGGAAUGCCCAGCAGAUGAGAUCCGCCUUGUUGCGCCGGACGAGGAUGCGCGGUGCACCGCAUGCCCCAAAAUGGGCAACCUCACCAUUGACUGCACGCCAACGGAGCUGAAGCUGCCGCCCGGCUACAUGGUGGACUUCGAUCACACUGCAGCCAAUGAUCUCUCUGGCUGGUAUCGGUGCCCCAACGAGAUGGCCUGCCCUGGUGGGCACUUCAAUGCCAGCAGCGUCCCUGGCGAGCCGGUGCAGGAGCUGGUUCCAAUGUGCGAAAAGGGCUACCGCGGUCCCGGGUGCACGAGCUGCACUGAAGGCCACGCGCGUGCAGAUUCCGACAUCCUCCGGUGCAUCCGCUGCGCCACUUGGACCGCCGCACCCAAGAAGGUGCUGUGGUAUGUCGGCUUCUUUCUCUUGAAGAACCUCGCCCUCUUCGCCUCGGCAGUGGUCAGUGUGGAGGGCAGCAAGGGCCAGAGAGCCGCCAGUGCCACGCUGCUGAACCAGGCGAUGUCCUUUGCGGCCGUCGCCGGUGUCACCAUGUCGGGCGCCAUGCAGACUGCCACCUUCAAGAACGAUCUCGACAAUGCAGCCCAGGCGGCCCUGCAAAUGUUGGCUCUACCGGCAUCCGUGGCGCAGGGGCAAGGCUCCCGCGAUGCCGGCAGCAUGUCCGGGCAGUGCUUGCUGCAGCUGCUUCACAUGGACAGCAGCAUCCACCACGUGCACGCAUUGAUGUCCCUGUGGCCAGCUAUGCUUGUGGCAGUCCUCGCGGUGAUCAAGGGCGGCUGGCUGGCAGCCGUGGUUGGAAGCAACGUCUUCCUGCCAGCCUUCAUCGCCGGAUUCGGAAAGUACCUCGUGUAUUUCCGGCUGCGGCCUGAAUCUGAUGAGGACCAGGCCCUCAGCGCGCUGCACUUGGACUUCCUGCCCCCCGGACCGCAGAUGACGUCCCAUGUUCCGCUGCGGAUCGCGGCAGUGCUGGGCGCCAUCGUGGGCUUCUCGGCGCUGAGCGUGUGCAGCUGGAUCUACGCCGUCAGAACCCGAUCGCCGAAGGAGCCACGGCCGCAUGUGGCCUAUCUGAUGCAGGCUUAUCGGCCAGAGUGCGCCAUUUGGGAGGUCGAGCGGCUGCUGCGUAAGGUUCUCCUUGCGAUGAUCGCCGCCCUCCUGCCGGUCACCCUGGCACCGGCCCUCCAGAUGGAAGCCGUGACCUUGGUGCUCAUCACAUCCCUGGUGGCGCAUCUGUACUUUUGGCCUUACAAGGAAGACGCGUGGAACCGGGCAGAGAUCGGGCUGCUGAUCGUGAGCCUCACCAUCACCGGGCUGACCACCUGCAUCAUCGCCAUGGACCGGCACUGGGCGAAGUCCAGCUGGAUGCAGCGAGCUCUGGUCUUUCUGAUCUGCUCCAUUGCCGGAGGAAUCUGCAUCGUCAUGCUGGUCGCCUUCUCACUGGCCUACAUGGAGGAGCGGCGCCAGAGAGCCGAGGCAAAGAAAGCAGAGGAAGCGUGA